AUGGGCUCUGGUUUCAGUGCGUCAAGCGCUGGCAAUACCAGCGCGCCACUGCCGCCGUGUCCGCUCUUCUACAACUUCAUGCCCGACAAUCAACUCAUCCCCGGAUCGACGCUUCCGAUGCGUGGCCCAGGUGGAUCCGUGCGCCGUCCGCAAGGCGGGUGCGCGGCACGCGUCAUUCCGCUCCGCAGCUUGCCGGUUGUAUCGGCGGAAUCAAAGAGGGACGCGAAGAAAAUUGUUGCCAAUGCCAAGAGGAACAAGAAACGCCGCGACGACAGCGCCGCAGAGGAGGGAGAGGCAAGCGCUGUGGCCGCCGCGAAUACUCUCCUCAGAAACCCUAGCCUCCUCCCGUCACUCAGCUCGUGCUUCCUCCUCAACAUCGCGGUGGAUGAGCGAGGCCGACUCGUCCCACUCCUGACAAAUGACGGGUACGCAGUGAACACCAUGACCGGCUUCAAUGACACCGGCGCUGCCGGCCCUGGCGGCUCACGCUGGAACCCUCUGAAGUCUCCGCGCCCGAGCUUUGUGAAGAAGGGGUUCCAAUUUUCCACCAUCAACAGCCCCGUGCGCACCCCAAUGUUUCCCGGAGCGUCCAGCAAUCGUGGCGACUCCUUCAUGAAUGGUGUGGGGAGAUCGUCGCACGGCGGAGAAAACGGAGCGGCAGUAAAUCAGCCAGUCUCGACACUGUUACCACCCGCAACAGCCGCGGUGAACGCGGUGGGCUGCUCAGCAGGGGAGGCACCGCCACCUGAUCCUCCGUCUCCGCAGUGCAUCGAGGGGCAGCCAAAGUGGUACAGCCACACCGAAAAGGGUGUCGACGGUGGCGCGCAGGCCGCCUUGUCAAAGACGCCCGAGAAGCUGAUCUCUACCUUCACCAUUGCUUCAGCGCCGUUGUCCAGCGUUGACCCAGCUAGAAGUGUGUGUGACACGACUACGGAUGGCGACCAGGACGCGUCGCUAGCCACCCCCUCGGUGUGCUCCGUGCUUGUGAAGGACAGCCAUUUCCGAAAGUCCGAGGACGGCCAAGGCGGGGCAAGCACGUCGGUAGCGCCCGCUUUGUCGAACGGAGGUGUCAGUGGCGUCGAUAGUGUGAGCCCGCAGCGCAUGCGCCGGCAGCUUACGCGCAUCACGCUCCUCCGCGUGUCAGAACGGACGCGGUGGUUGUUGUUUAACGAUAGCAGCACCCACGAGGCGCAGGUGUCGGUGCUGCUGUGCUACCGGGCGCACAAGGAGAGGUCCACGAGCCCGACGAAGCCCAUCGCUGGGGAGGAGGUACCGAUGAAACCGUCUGGCAGGACCAAAACGGCAUCGACACCGGCCCCUGGAGACUUGCGGGUGCUUUGCCGCCCGACUCCGCUCUCGCACACCCCUUUCUCUACACAGAAGAAGCUGCAGUUGCAGAGCAUGUCUAGCAGCAGCCGCAGCUACGUGGAAGUGCGUCCGGUUCUUGUGGAGGUAUUCACAGCUGCGAUUCCUGCCCCAAUGACGCCUGUGGAGGAGAUUCAGCUUGCGGAGUUCAAGAAGAGCGUCGCUGGUGCGGCGGCUGUGGAGGUAUUUGUGGUGCUCGCCCCAGGGGCGACGGUGUACUUGGCCGAAGGUGACGUGCUUGGCUACAGGUUAGACACGCUUCUCGUGCCCUUCGACAAAUCAGGCAGCAUGGCGGUACUGGGCCGCAUGCUCACACCCGAGAUGGUGUGCCGUCUCAAGAAGAGUGGAGCGGGGAGUAAGAAGGGGUACCGGCACACGUCGAUGUUCUUGGCGAAAGCAGCGGCGCCGGCAGCCUGCGCCGUGCCUGCGCCGAGAUCCGGUCCCGCUGUCGCUCACCUCACAGACAGUGCCAUGGCAACGCUGCCUAAAGUUGCUACUAGUAGUGCACCCAAACACACUGGCGUCAUCUCACCUCUCUCGUCAGACACGCUGAACGCCGCGCUACCCGACUUGAGGCAGUCCACCAUCUUUGAGGCCCCAACGGAGGCUCUCACCGAUGCCCCUGGGAACGCUGGUGACGCGGCAGCGACGAUGUCUGCUGCAGCGCCCCAGCACCCCCCGCCGUCCUCGUUGCCCGUCCCUGAGCCAGCCAGGGAGACCGGCGCGCAGCGCCGUCUGUCACUUCAGCACCACCACGGAGAAGCGGAAGAGAGCGGGAAUGGUGAAAACCACUGCGUUGAAGCGGCCGGGGAUUCCUAUAGCUUCGGUGCACCGGCUACUGUGCCAAGCACAGCGGCCGCCGCUUCGCCGAGCUUAGGCUGCGGCACGGCUGACGCAGCUCCGGCUGCCCCUGCCACUCUUCCAGCGUGGUCUGCAGCAGAUGCUAAAGCCGCGCGGGCAGGCAAUAUGAGAAGCGCAGCUGGGGUACCGGUGCUGGACCUCAAGAGCUUAGCGAUCAACUCGGACAACGACCGCUCUGCACCCCGCAGUGACGCCCCUUUGGAGGGUCACAAGUGGAGGGGCACCGGCGCCAACCCCCUUGACAUCUCCUUCUAG